AUGACAACCCCCCCCCCCCCCCCCACUGGGCCCGUGGAAGUCUCCCGAGGGUUCAGUCUUGCACUCGAUCGUGCCAUUUCUGCCCGCCGGGAAUUCGCGAAACAUGAAAUUGAAGAGGUGGACGAGGCUGCCAAGGAAAGCCACGGAUUCUUCGUGGACGUGCUUGAGCAGGUCCGCCAAACCCUGCGCCCACUAAUGCCCAAGAGGCAAGCGGAUAUGCCAGGAGUCAAAAAAGAUGAGAAGUCACUGGCCAAUAAAUUCGAGCAUCUUGAAUUAGAAGAACAAUCAGAAGCCUUUCUCAAUGCGCCUGAUGGUCCUAAGCCAGUGGUGCCAGAAAGGUCUACAGGUCCUUCAGCUCCCGAUCUCGAAGCGGAAGCUGAAUUCAAAGCCGAAGUUGACCUUGACCGCCGUGAACUCAUUUCCAUGUUCCAUCUAUUGAUUCAGGAUGCAAACGCCUUCAUGGAUGUUAUCGAGGAGACAUGGAAGGGGUACAAGGAUGGCCUUGUGGAUCUUGUGUCGUCUUCUAUGACUACCAACACCGCUAUCGAUCUCCUCCGGCGCAUGGAAGGGGAAAUGAAGCCUUUCCUUGACAAAUUUGGUGGUGCGGAAAGCCUCCUUCAGGCGUAUUACUAUGCCCGCUGUCAUCACUUUGGGGAAGAUCCCGACUACAAAGAAAGGCCCGGUGAUGGCUUUAACUUCAAAGUUUGCAGUCAAACGCAAGAUAUUUUUAUCUCAGCGUGGCAGCUUCUCCGAGCGUUCACGGCGAUAUGCAAUCCGGGCCAAACGCCGUUUUAUAAACCGGAAUUUUAUGGAAUCUACGAUCCCGAAAGUAACCGUAAAUUGAAGCUAGCAUGGGAGAGGUUCGCUGAAGAUAUCUGCAUUCACACUUAUCAUCAAACUACGCCUUGCGUUACAAGGUGA